AUGGCUAGCGAUCCGGUGUCAACGGCCGCGAACAUCGCGCAGCUCACCGGCGUGGGCGCGCUGGGGCUGAUCACGUUGAUCGUGGAGGCGGCCAAGACGGCUCGCCGGAACAAGAGGACAUGUCUCGAGCUCGCCAAGCUGGUGGAGCAGGUCGGCGACCUGCUCCGCGCCCUGCAGGAGCAGCCCGGGGUGACGUUCAUGGAGCGGCCGGAGACGAGCGCGCCGCUCGUGGAGCUUCAGGAGACGCUCCGGCAGGCGUACGAGCUCGUCGAGUCGUGCCGGCGGGGAAGCUACCGUCGCCGGUUCUGCGCCGGGAAGGACCAGAGCGACCGCCUCCGCCACGUGCAGAGCAGGAUCAGUAUAUAUCUCCAGCUGUUCCCGAUCAUCUGCCACAUCGACGGCACCCGCCUCCUCGUCCGAGUCAUCGCCGACGGCGCCGCCGCCUCUCGCUCUCCACGCUCCGAGAUGGAUGAAGAUGAAGUGCUCAUGUCGCUGACCAAUCGCCCCAGUCCUCAAGCUAGGUUUCAGAAGUUCAGUUAUUCUCAGCUGGUCCAUGCUACAAAUGAUUUCUCACUUGGUGAACAACUGGAAAAGGGCACCUUGGCCAUUUUAUACAAGGGUAAACUUCAUGGGAACGAUGUUACUAUCAAAAGACCUUCAGUUUCAGCUUCUGGUCAGAGGUUACCAGAAUGCAUGAGUGAGAGUGAGCUAUUCACAAAUGAAAUCAAGAUUCUUCCUGAACUUCAGCACAAAAACAUUGUCAAACUUGUGGGAUUUUGCACUGAACGAAGUGAAAGGGCUACAGUCUACGAAUGCGUGGAGAAGGGGAGCUUGGAGAACAUCUUCUUUGGGCCAGAAAAGGAAAGGUCGAUUCUUGAUUGGCCGACACGUUUCCGAAUAAUUGAAGGGAUAGCACAGGGUCUAGCUUACCUACACAAUUAUUCCAGAGUACGAAUUAUUCAUAGAGAUCUGAAGCCAAGCAACAUACUUUUGGAUUCAGAUAUGAACCCAAAAAUAUCCAAUUUUGAGUUGGCUGAAAUGCUAAGUUCUGACACGGAGGAACAGAGAACCGACAAUGUGGUUGGCUCAAUUGGAUUCAGUGCUCCAGAAUAUAUGCAUAAAGGUAUUUUCUCAGUCAAGACCGAUGUGUACAGCUUCGGUGUCGUGGUUUUGGAGAUCCUAAGCGGGAAAAGAUGGACACAGCCAAAUCAGACACGCUUCCACCGAGAUCUAUUAACGUGGGCAUGGGCGAGGCCGUCGUGCUGCGUCACGCGCGCGGCGGCGCGGCUGAGGGAGCUGGUCGACCCGGCGCUGCACGGCGUCUCGUUCCGCGGCAGGGCGCUGCCGCGGUGCCUGUCCUUCCCGGCGAGGCGGCGCGCGCUGUCGCAGCAGCGGGAGAUGCGGCGGUGCGCCCGCGCGGCGCUGCUCUGCAUCCAGGAGAGGCCCAAGCACCGCCCGGCCAUGCCGGAGGUACUCCACAUGCUGCGCCCCCGGAAGAAGGCCGCGCCGCCGCUCCCCGGCCGGUCUCGCUUCACCACGGCGAGCUCGCUCCACGGCGGUGCCGCCGCCAAUAGCAGCUGAUGAUUAUUCAAUGGGAGAAAAAUUGUAUGAGUACUUAACUUGUUACUAGUAUUU